AUGCAUCUUCCUAUGAAAAUAUUGUCAUUUGAUGGAGAAAUUGAUACAGACUCAAUAAUGUGCCCUCAUAACACCACGUGCCCUGAUAACACACGUGCCCUCACAACACCACCUGCCCUCAUAACACCAGCUACCCUCACCAUACCAGGUGCCCUCAUAACACCGGGGGCCCCUCAAACCAGCUGCCCUCAUAACACCAGUUACCCUCAUAACACCAGCUACCCUUACCAUACCAGAUGCCCUCAUAACACCAGCUACCCUUACCAUACCAGAUGCCCUCAUAACACGGGGCCCCUUAACACCAGCUACCCUCACAACACCAGGUGCCCUCAUAACACCGGGGGCCCCUUAACACCGGGUGCCCUCACACCCCACCUGCCCUACACUCACAACACCAGCUACCAUCACACCACCACCUGCCCUCAUAACACCAGCUACCCUCAUAACACCAGCUGCCCCUUAACACCAGCUACCCUCACAACACCAGGUGCCCUCAUAACACCAGCUGCCCUUAACACCGGCUACCCUCAUAACCCAGGUGCCCUCAUAACACCGGGGUCCCUUAACACCAGGUGCCCUCACCACCGGGGGGGGGGGCCUCACCACCUGCCCUAUACACCAGCUACCCUCACCAUACCAGAUGCCCUCAUAACACCGGGGGUCCCUUAA